AAACCAAGUCAAUUCAUGGCUGCUCCAAGGACUUCUCAUUUAUCAGCCAUUCAUCACUUGUUGAGUGCAGGUAGAAACCAAAUCCAAGUGAAAGGGAAAGAAAGAAACAAUCUCAUGGAUUCAACUGCUCCACUUCCAUUUAGUGGCAAUGGCGAAGAUAAACCUCUUCAUAUAGUCAUGAUCCCAUGGCUCGCCAUGGGUCACAUAACCCCAUACUUUGCGCUGGCCAAGGUUCUUGCUCAAAAGGGUCACUUCAUCACAUUCAUAAACAGCCCAAAGAACAUUGAUCGCAUGCCCAAACCCCCAAAAAGCCUUGAACCAUUCAUCAACUUGGUGAGGUUGCCCUUGCCACCCAUUGAGCAUCUCCCAGAAGGUGCAGAGAGCACCAUGGACAUCCCCACUAACAAGGGAUAUUACCUCAAGUUGGCCUAUGAAGGCCUCCAAGAUGCUGUUGCUGAGAUACUUCAAACUUCAAAGCCUGAUUGGGUUCUAUAUGAUUUUGCAGCUGACUGGUUGCCACCAACAGCUAAGAGCCUCAACAUCCCUUGUGCCCAUUACAACAUAACCCCAGCUUGGAGCAAAUGCUUCUUUGAUCCACCAAAGGAUCAGGUAAAGUCAUAUUUCAAUCUUGAAGACAUGUGUAGCCCACCCAAGUGGGUUCCUUUCCACACAACCAUGAGUCUAAGGCCUUAUGAGAUCAUUAGAGCAUUUGCAGCUGUCAAAGAUGAGUCUACAGGACGAUCAAUUAAUUAUGAUCCCAACAAAGCAUAUUCCAGCGGUGACUUGUUUCUUCUCAGAAGCUCCAGAGAACUUGAAGGAGAAUGGUUAGAUUAUGUUGCUGAUAGGUACAAGAUGCAUGUGGUUCCUGUUGGCUUGCUUCCACCAUCCUUGCAAAUAAGAGAUGUUGAAGAGGAAGACAAACACCCCGACUGGGUGAAAAUCAAAGCCUGGUUAGACACACAAGAACCUUCAUCUGUGGUGUUCAUAGGAUUUGGGAGUGAGUUGAAGCUGAGCCAGCAAGACCUCACUGAGUUGGCCCAUGGCAUUGAGCUUUCUGGGUUGCCUUUCUUCUGGGCUUUGAAGUACCUGAAAGAUGGAUCACUUGAGUUACCUGAGGGGUUUGAGGACAGAACCAAGGAUCGUGGGAUUGUUUGGAAAACAUGGGCACCCCAGCCGAAGAUCUUAGCUCAUGGGGUCAUUGGGGGAUGCAUGAGUCACUCGGCUGCAGGUUCUGUCAUUGAGAUGGUUAAUUUUGGGCACGUUCUUGUGACCCUGCCAUAUUAUCUGGACCAGUGUCUGUUUUCAAGAGCAUUAGAAGAAAAGAAAGUGGGAAUAGAGGUACCAAGGAACGAGCAAGAUGGUUCCUUUACUAGGGAGUCGGUGGCGAAGACAUUGAGGUUAGCAAUAGUUGAUGAGGAAGGGAGUGUCUACAGGAAGAAUGCCAAAGAGAUGGGCAAUGUUUUCAGUUCCAAAGUUCUUCAUGAUCAAUACAUUGAAGAUUGCAUUGCUGCUCUUCAAAAAUAUAGGCUUCAUUCCAAUAGAUAAGCAGUUCUUCUUUUAAUUUCUUUCCUUUCUUCUAUGAUCUUUGUUUAGUAAUAAAGGUCAAUAUAGCACCUACGAAAAUUCGACUUUAUUAAGAUUACAUUGUCCGCAAAA